GAAACUGAUGGUUGUAGUUACCGACCUAACAACCAACUUUUCUCCAAUCACUUUUACUUUGUAAUGAUACACAUGGAAAGUAUACUAUUUUUUGAAAAAUCAUGUCUAUAAGCCAAGGUUGACAGUAGAGUUUUGUUUGUCAUUAUACAGCAUAGUUAUCGAGACAACAAACCGAAACAAGAAGAGAGCAACUCUGAGUGAUGAUAAACAAAGCAUGAUAGCUAGCAAGCUAACGUUAGAUAAUGAAUACGUGUGAGGUCAUUUGAGUAAUGUUUUAGCAAGUUAACCGAAAAGAUAGUUCAGUUUUCAGUGGGACGAACUAGUAAAAUGGAUUAUAAGAGCAAAAAGUCCACUCUAUCCAGGGAAAAACCACAGGGGUCUGGUCACAAAAGUGACAAGCCACAGCAGAGCAACUCGACGUCAAGAGUUGAUGCUGAUCAUGGUGGUGGGAUCAUUCACUGUCCUGUUACCAAGAACAUGAAACACCUCCUGGAUGAGUUCAAGGGGCUGUAUGAGGAGAGGUUAAGACGCCUAGAGUUUGACACAAGAGGGGGCACAAAUGUGGACAUUUUACAGAUGAAGGUCCGUAUCCUCCAGUCCUAUGUGAACGACUUGGGUGACCAGAACCAAGUGCUGGUCCAGACAGUGGAGGACCUGGAAACAGAGGCCAACAACAGAGUCUGCACCAUAGAGGCCAAGCUACGCACCUCUGAUCAAAUCAUUAAUGCUCUGGAGCAGCAGAGGAGGUUUCUGGAGGAGAGUGUGUGUAGUCUGCGCUCUGAGAACCGGGACCUGAAGACUGACAUGGAUUCCCUCACAAACUUCAUCCAACAAGCCAGACACCAACACACCUUGGUUUCUGGGGUCACUCUAAGGACAGGCUCGUUGGAGAAGAUGAUUGAAACCUCGACUCAUACCCCUAUGAGUCCUAACCUUGAGGUAGAGGAUCUGAGGAGCCAGCUGAGGACUAGAGACAGAACCAUCCUUUGUCUGGAGAGAGACAUCAAGACCUUCCAACUGGAGAAUAACACACUCAACAAAACUGAGGUGGAGAGUGUCAGGGAGGAGGAAGAGAGACAGAGGAGGGAUAUUCUGACUCUCAGACAGAGAGAGACUCUUCUAUCAGAGUUGCAGACCCAGGAGAGGAGGCUGUGUGAGACCCAGAGAGAGAGCAGAAUGAGGGUAGAGGACACGGCUCGCCUACAGUCUCAGCUGGAUCAAGUCCAGAGCUCACACACGCAAACUAUGCGCCAGGCAGAGGCCAAAAUGGUGGAGGUGAGGACCGAACUGAGUGAUGAGUAUGGGAGGAGACUGGAGGAGAAGGAAGAAGGAAUGAAACGGAUAACCGAAGACCUGAAUAAUGUGAGGGAGAAACACACAUCUGCCAGGGAUCAGUUGAGGAGUACAGAGGGUAUUCUCCAGUCUCUGAGGAUGCAGCUACAGGACAGAGACAGUCAGCUGGAGAAUGCCACUAACAAGAUCUUUACACUAAAGACUUCUCUGAAGGAGGCUGAGGAGAGUUGUGUGGCUGCUAAGACAGAGGUGCAGACUCAGACGACACUACUGGAGGAGAUGAGCAGAGAACUGGGGAGACUCACACUGGCUCAGAAUAAAUCUGUGGAAGAGGUGAAUGAGCGUGGGGAGAUGCUGAGACACAUGAAGCAGGACCUGUCUGCUCUGAAGGCCACUCAGGACUCACUAAAGAGAACCCUCAGUAUGAAGGAACAACACACACACCAGCUAACACACGACAACACACACCUCCGACAAAACCUGGACACGCUAAAGAACAAGCUCCUGGUUAGUGAGGACAGGGUGUGUACUCUGUCAGUAGAGCUGGAUAAGUUGAAGAUCGGUCUGGGUAAGGAGAGAGAUCAGUGUCAGCAUCUCCAGGACCAGGUUUUACAGCAGAGUCAGGAUCUGGUGCGGGCCAACAACACACUCACUGACACACGCAGGGCUGCUGGCAGGAAGAUCCACAAGAAGGACAGCAAGCUGUCUGUGUUAUUGAAGGAGCUAGCAGAGGUUAGAAAUAACUUCUCUGACUGUAAAAAAGAGUUGCUCAGUAGAGAGUCUGCAUUGGCAAAACAGCAGGAGGAGACGGCUCAGCUGAGUUCCAAGAUGGAGGACUGUUCCCAUCAAUGUUCAGCUCUGAACAGGGAGAAAGAGAGACUGGAGACAAACCUCACACUUACUAACCAGAAACACUGCACAGCACAAGGAGAGGUGAUUCUACAGUUGAGGACAGAGCUGAGUAAAGCGGAGCAGAAGUAUCAAGGGACACAGGAGGAGCUGGCCAUGCUGGAGGCUGAGGUCAGCCGUCUGAAUCAGAAGGUCAAGGGUCAACAGGAAGAGGCGUGUCUUCUCAGGCAGAUGGUCAGAGAGGGGGAGGGGCUUAGAGACCAGGAAGUGAUGGAACGACAACAGAUACAGAAUGCACUCUGUAUCGCACAGCAACAGGUGAAGUCCCAGGACAUGUCUAUAGAGCAGCUAACAUCUGAUCUAGACUCAAUGAAACAGAACCACAGAGUCGACACAGAGCGCUGGAGCCACAGGCACUUCCUGCUCAGCAGCCAAUUAGAGCAGGCUUCCUCUGAGCUAAGCCGAUCCCAGGUCGAGGUCAGAGAGCGCAGGUCAGAGGUCACAGAGCUGAGGGGAAAGCUCCAGCUGGCAGAGGAGGGAUACCAGGAGGCUCUGGAGAAGGUUGAAGAAGCUAAAGGGUUGGAAAACACACAAGACACUGAGAUAGAGCUUUUGAGACAACAACUGACGGACCUCCAGGAGGACCUGAGUGAAACCAUGUCCAGGACUCAGGGCCAGGAGGAGAAGGCGGCCAUCUUUAAACAGAAGUACUGCGUUGCCAUGGAGAAGGUGCAGCAGCUCCAGGGACACAUCGAGUGUGUGGAGGAGGAGCUCAGAUACACACAACAACAGCUGACUGAAUCCAAGGCAGUGGUAGACAGGGUUAAGGCGGAGCUUACAGAGCUGGAAGGGCGCUACGAAGAAAAACUUGGCCAAUGGGAGCGCUCGGAGGAGGCCCUGGACCAACUGACUGACGAGCUGCAGGCCAAUCAGAUGGCUCUGAGGGAGGGGCGUGAGAGAGUGGAACAGUGUGAAGGAACCAUACAACAUCUACGGCAAGAGGUGGACACACAGAAAACUCAGCAAUCCACAGAGCAGGUAGAGCGCUUGGCCAAUUGCGAACAGGCCCUGCUACAGAUGAGGGCAGAGUAUGUUCGCAGGGAGGAGGAACUAGAGAAGCAGAGCCAGGAGAAGGCGGGGCUAGAGAGAACCCUGCAAUUUCUUCACCUGGACCUUGCCGCCUCCCACCGCAAACAUCUGGUCACUCACACACAGCUGGAGCAGGAAGUGACACAGCUACAGGAGGAAGUGACACGCCUACAGGAGGAGCUGGUCGACACCCACGACACCUGUACACAGAGACAACAGACCAUCCAGGGGCAGGAUGUCUUGCUCCAGCAAGUUGAGGAGGACCUGAAGGAAACCAAGCUGCUCCUUCAGAGGAGAACCAAGGAUCUGAAGGAGGAGAAAGUCUGGGUGCAGAGGCUCAGAAAGGAGGCGCAGGAGCAGAGAGAGGAGGAACACAGAGUUGGUGAGGAGGCCAAGGAGAUGCUAAAGAGGAAAUGCAGGGAGCUGGAGGAAGAGAAAGAGGAGGUGAAGAGGAGAAGCAGGGAGCUGGAGGAAGAGAAAGAGGAGGUGAAGAGGAGAAGCAGGGAGCUGGAGGAAGAGAAAGAGGAGGAAGAGAAAGAGGAGGUGAAGAGGAGAACCAGGGAGCUGGAGGAAGAGAAAGGGGAGGUGAAGAGGAGAACCAGGGAGCUGGAGGAAGAGAAAGGGGAGGUGAAGAGGAGAACCAGGGAGCUGGAGGAAGAGAAAGAGGAGGUGAAGAGGAGAACCAGGGAGCUGGAGGAAGAGAAAGAGGAGGUGAAGAGGAGAACCAGGGAGCUGGAGGAAGAAAAAGAGGAGGUGAAGAGGAGAACCAGGGAGCUGGAGGAAGAAAAAGAGGAGGUGAAGAGGAGAACCAGGGAGCUAGAAGAGGAGAAAGAGGAGGUGAAGAGGAGAACCAGGGAGCUUGAGGAAGAUAAAGAGGAAGCGCAGACACUCAAAGAGGCCCUGUUGGAACUACGCAGGAGUCACAGACAGACAGUGGAGGAGCUGUCAUGUCGUGGAGAGGAGGUUUGGAGGUUGGAGGGGAGUGUGAGAGAAGGAAGACAGGCAGAGGAGAGGAGGAGGCUGACAGUGGAGAGGCUGGAGAGGCAGUCUGCAGAGCUGAGACUAGCCCUACAGCAGGCCAUGGAGAACACACUUAACACACAGAGAGACAACCACACAACACAGGAACAAGUGAAGACAUUGGAGGAGGAGAACAACUCAUUGACCAAUCAGGUGAGGACUUUGGAGGAGAAGUACAGCUCGUUGACCACUCAGCUGCUGAGGUCACAGAGCCGGGGCCAAGACGACGUCCAGCGGCUAGCCAAUCAGGAGGAGCGUCUGGUCGUACUGAGGACAGAGUCAGAGACGCUACAGGAGAAGUACAGCAGCAAGGUGCAGGAGCUGGACACACUGCGGUUGGAGGUGGAGGGGGCGUACUCUGACAACGUGCACCUCCGCCAGGAGAGCCAGGGGGUCAUGGCCAACGUCAACCGCUGGGUCAAAGAGCAAAGGGUUGCCAGUGAGAGUCUAGCUGCUAAGAUCAGAGGUCAGAACAAGGUGCUGCUCAUCAUCAGUGAGGAGAAACAACAUCUUCAGGAGGCUAACAGGGCCCUAGAGGAGGAGCUGAGGAAAUUGGGAGAUGAGGGGGAGGAGAAGGAGAGAGAGAUGGAACGCUUAAAGGCCCAGGUUCAAGACCGGGGUCAACAGCAGGAGGAGGAGAGGGAGAGCUUUGUGACCACCAACCUGAGUCGGAUCCAGUACAUGCAGGUCAGACUGAGAAGCAACCUGGAGGCUAUAGGCUUGCUCAACAAACAGCUGAGUGCUCUGGGAGGAGAGAACGAGAGAUUGCGUCUGCAGCUGGAGGAGGAGAGAGCAGAGCGCAGACGAGUGAUACCGCCAACCAACCACCGGAGGGGUACCUCCCUCCUUCCCCUCUCCCUUACCCACGGGUCUUCCUCCCUUCCCUCCCUCUCCCCCUCUCUGGAUAGAGACACAGGAUACCCUCCCCCUGCCUCCCACCUUUCCCCCUUCCCUUUUCACCACCCCCCCAGCCACAGCCCCAGUCCCAGGCCAGGGGAGAAGGACAGUGCCCUGACCCGAGCAGAGUUGAGCGUGGCUGGGCCAUGGGAGCCAGGCGAGGCCCAGGCUGUUAAUGAGGCCUACUGGGUGAGGAGGGUGGGAGAACUAUCAGUACAGUUGCAGGACAGAGAGCUCUACUGGUCAGGUAGGAUCAACCACCUCGCUACAGAGAUACGACAGACCAAGGAUGCUUCGCCCCUCACCUGACCUCCCGCUGACCUCUAAACCCUGUUCCCUGACCCCUGACCUCUAAUGCCUGACAUCUCUUCCUUGUUUGGCUGUUGUUUUGGAUGGGUUCAGUUAUGAAGCCAUAUCAUUGUCUCUGAUCAAUGUAUGACUGUGUACCAUGUGCUGCAAAUGUUGACAUGUACAUCUAUUUUGAGUUGGUGCGUCAUUUGUGGUUAGUGUGAGUGUGUGUGCAUGUACCUGCACUCGUAUAGUGCCUUGUAACAUGGAGACUAUUGUAGUAAUAUUGAUCGUUAUUGUUGUCUCUCUGAGUUCCAGUUUGAUAAUAAAUCCACAUUUUAAAAAAAAUCCCGUUUUAUGUUUAAAGUUGUCACUGAAAGCCAGAUAGUUGAGACUGUAGGCCAGAUAGUUUUCACUGUAGGCCAGAUAGUUGAGACUGUAGACCAGAUAGUUGUCACUGAAGGCCAGAUAGUUGUCACUGAAGGACAGAUAGUUGUCACUGUAGGCCAGAUAGUUGUCACUGAAGGCCAGAUAGUUGUCGCUGUAGGCCAGAUAGUUUUGACAUGGAAGCCAAUGUUGGCUAAACAAG